AUGGUCAUUAUAGUGCCUCGUGCAAGGGACCUGAUCGCAGAAGCACCUGACGGGAUCAAGGGCCUGCAAAGCUUUCCAGGAGGCCCUUGCAACAGCCAACAAGAGGAAAAAAGGAUGAGAGUACUUCAGGGUAACCUCAAUAGGAGCAGGACGGCGCAUCACCUUCUGACCCAGCUCUGCUCUGAGAAAAAAGCUGAUAUUGUUCUAAUCAGCGAACAGUACCAGGACAGAACAGGAGUAGGAUGGUACGCAGACGAAUUGGGCACCGCAGCCAUCUGGAUCCCAGAUACCCGACUAAUACAUGUGUCGGACCAAGGAUCCGGACGCGGUUACGUUUGGGUGAGACAUAACUCGACGACUUACGUCAGUGUAUAUCGCACUCCGAACGACCGGAUAGACGACUUCCAGAUCAAAUUGGACGAUCUGGAAGACGCGCUGCGGAAAAUGCAAGGGGAUCUCAUUGUGGCUGGAGACCUCAAUGCCAAAGCUCUCGAAUGGGGGGAGGCCAGGCCGGACUCCAGAGGAAGACGUAUCAUGGAGGUGGCGUCGAGACUGGAGCUAUCAGUACUCAACACAGGUUCGACGUCAACCUUCCACAGGCCUGGCUACAGAGAGACGAUCCCGGAUGUCUCUCUAGCCAACGAACACCUUGUGGCAAGAGUCACAGGCUGGCAGGUGAUCGAGGAUUAUACCGGGAGCGAUCAUCAGUACAUCCUAUUCGAUGUACAUGAUAGGAAGCCAGCCGUGACAAGUGUAAAGCGACCCCCCCGGUGGAACAUUGCGAGAAUGGAUCGAGAGAGGCUGUCUUCGGUCAUAGAGGAAGGAUGGAGAUCCCAACAAAGUACUUCCGCGAGUCUGUCGCCACCCACACAAGCCAGGUUGAUUAGCGCAGCAACCAUGCAGCUCAUCCAAAAGGCUUGCGCGAUAGCGGUGCCAAAGAAUGGCACGAAAUGGCAGAGGCGCCCUGUAUACUGGUGGACGAAUGAGAUCGCAGAUCUUCGUAAGAAGUGCUUAAGGCUACGCCGUUUAGCACAACGAGCGAAGAGAAGCGACCACGACGCUGCUCCUUUGGCCGCAGACUAUCAAGCGGCCAUGAAAGCCCUGAAGAGGACCAUCAAGGCCAGUCAACGACGGUGCUGGAAGGAGCUGUGCCUGGAUGUCGACCAGAAUCCGUGGGGAUUAGGGUAUCAGAUCGUCACUAUCAAACUGGGGACUAACACGCAAGGAAUCCCUCAGGAUGCGAGGACGUUGGAAAACAUCAUUCAUACCCUAUUCCCUUCACAUCCGAAGAGAGAGAUUCGCACGGCGACGCCUGGUAGCCCUGAAGGGCCGCAAUUUACAAAGGAGGAGCUACUCAAGGCCGCAUCUUCCAUGCGGAACAAGAAAGCUUCAGGACUAGACGGCCUUCCAGUGGAAGGAGGGCAUCUUCCCCGCCCAGUGGAAGAAAGCCAGACUGGUGCUCAUAAGCGAGGCAAGGGUCCAGCAGAUGCCGCUUCGUCAUACAGGCCUAUUUAUAUGCUCGAUACAGCUGGCAAGCUCCUGGAAAAGCUGCUUAGGCCACGGCUUCACGCAGCCUUAAGGGCAGCGGGGGAUCUUGCUGCCCGCCAAUAUGGAUUCCGAUCCGGCCUCUCCACCAUCCAGGCAGUCCAGGAGGUCGUCACGGCCGCUAAAAUGAUGGAGCGAGGGAACCAUCUAACUCGCCCUUUGUGUCUGCUGGCCACCUUAGACUGUCCCCGAGUACCUACUCCGAAUACUCGGGGACUAUCUGAACGAGCGCUUCCUAGAAUACAGUACUGGCAAUGGUCCUUGAAGCUUGGAGUUAACAUCGGGGGCAGCCCAGGGCUCCAUACUGGGACCGGAUAUCUGGAAUAUUUUCUACGACGAUGCCCUUGCAGUUGUCAUAACCGCAAGAGACACGUAGGGGGCACAGCUGCUGCUCAACCAGGUCAUGCGCAGAGUCAUCUCCUGGAUGGAAGACCACGUGCUAUCUCUGGCAGCCUAGAAGACAGAGAUCGUGCUACUUACGAAGAAGCGCAUCAACACCUUGUGCAGCUUCAUUGUAGGAGACACGGCGGUCCAGGCUAA